UCUGUGGCAUGUGGGCGAAGUAAACACUCAACAUGGAUGAUUUCUCGUAAAACUUGUCCGAUUUUUAGUUAAAAAUGUAAUUUAAGCCCCAUUAUAGAAGAGAAAAUACAUAAUUCGUUUGAUAAAAUGUCGUCCGAAAGGGUGGAAUGGGUGGAAAUAAUAGAACCUAAGACAAAGGAACAUAUGUAUGCUAACCUAACAACUGGCGAAUGUGUUUGGGAUCCUCCUGAGGGUGUAAAAGUGAAACGCACGGAUUCAUCUCAAUGGUGGGAGUUGUUUGACAUCAAUACACAUAGGUUUUACUACUACAAUGCAUCUACUCAGACUACAGUUUGGCACAGGCCUACAGAUUGUGACAUCAUCCCGUUGGCCAAAUUACAGACUCUAAAACAAAACACUGAUCCACAAAAAAGGCGAGAAACAUCAACACAAACUAACCAAGCAGUGCCACAGGUGUCAUUACUUGAUCCAAUCAGUAGCAAUGGUAACACCACCACACCAAGUGUGAGCAAGCUAUCACCUAACAACACUAAGAAUGUCACCAUCACACAAACCAGUCCUGUGCGUACGAGGAGAGGGCAUUAUCAUCACAGUGGCUCUGAGUGCAGGAACAGCGGCGAGGGCCGGCGCGGGCGGCUGAGCGAGGACGGCACGGCGGCGCUGUGUCGGCACACGGACUCGGGCCGCUCCUCCGACAGCAGCAUCAGCAGCGCGCAGCAACGGCGGAAGCAGGAGCUAAACGCUGCGACGUGCGCCGUAGCUGCGUGCACGCCUCAGCUGCGCAAACGCAGCUCAGCGCAGCCCGCGCCCAUCCACGAGCCUGACAAGUGGUCUCCUCAUUCUGGCCUCAACCGCAGUGGUAGUUUCAUAUCGCCCCGGAAGGAUGCGUCGGACGAUUCUAUGCACGAAAAGUAUUUCAAGUCCGUAGAAAGUACGCCAUUAACGAGACGUAAGUUAAAACAACAGUCUGCCGGUGGUUCGUCUUGUGAUUCGGCAUCGCCGCAAAGUCCGAGCAGUCCUCUUCCCAAACCACAACCUACACCGUUCUUACAGGCAAGUGCGGCGCGGCCGUCCCUGGUGUCGUCGAUCUCCCUGGCGGCGGAGGGGGCGCGCGCGCUGCACUCGCUGGAGCGGCCGCACCACCUCUCGCGGCACGCACGAGAGAGGUUCUCAGACAGGCACCUAGAUAAGGAGCGGUUAGCGGAGUUGGAGCGCAUGGAGCGGUAUCCGGAGAAGCAAGCCGUGUACAGCGUGGACAAGCCGUUCCGUCAGACCAGCCUCGAUCUGCGGCACAACGCGUCCAGUUGGCAUCCCCCAAGGGAGUUCACAAGACGGCAGCAGGCGGAACCGGAGCGGUACACGUCGAGCAAGACGUCGGUGUCGUCGGGCGGCAGCAGCAAGCACCGCACGCCGCCGCACGACCCGCACCACAACUUCAUGCGCCUCUCCUCCGCCAACGAACAGGACAACGUUGCCGCUGUAAACUACAAGCUGAAAUGCGUCAACUUGGAACCAGCUCUGACAGAGCCUAAUGUACAGAAGCACAACCAACGCCUUGAAAGGUCCACCGGGCCACGAGAUCGUACGAAAUCACGAAGGCAUAAGAGGCCGGUGGAGGAUGAGCAGCUGCAGGACGGCGAGGAGGAGGAGGAGGACGGUGGCGGCUCCCCGCUCUACUGCAACUGGGACCUUCGCGGCAUGCAGCACUUGCUGCCCCUGCAGGACUACAUCAUACAGCAGGCCAAGUUGUCCAGCCGGGGGCGCUACGGUGGCGGCUCAGAUUCGGACGGCGAGUCAGGCACGUCGCGCUCCCGGUCCGGCUCCGAGUCGCGUUCCUUGUCCGGACACGAGCCUGACAACGAGUCGUCGGACGGCGGGGCCCGGACGCCGGACGAUGACGACGGGUCCGGCGUGUACCUGCCGCAUACGUACGCGCAGCGACCGUCCGACGUCGAGUAUAUGAACCACGGUGUUUCGUACUACAACACGUUCGUCGGCUUCGAGCGCGAUCGGCAACCUUCGCCUGGUAUACAUAGGACAUCGUCGCUGGGCGGCGGCGCGGCGGCGGGCGAGGCGAGCGGCGCGCGGCCGGAGGGCGCAUUGUACAGCCCCGUGCGCGCGCACGCGCCGCACGCGCACGCGCACCCGCACCCGCCGCCCGAGCAGGACAUCGAGAUCUUCGCCAAGGACAACCUCAACUUCAACAAAGGCAUCUUCAGGAGAAAGGCAUCAGUGAGAGACAUGCUGUCGUGGACGUCCUCAUCCAUAAGCGCGCCCAUGGUGGGCGCGGACUGGGACAAGGCGCACAAGAAGGCGACCAUCGACCUGUUCCGCCUGGUGCAGAUCUACAUGGGCGACCGCAAGGCGCGACCGGGCAUGACGCUCAACUCGGUCGCGCAGGACAUCUUACACGCCACCUUCACCAAUGAGAAGCUUCGAGACGAGCUGUACGUUCAACUGUGUAGACAAACAACGGAGAACCCUCUGAGGGAUUCCCUCCUCCGAGGAUGGGAGUUGCUCGCAGUGUGCCUUGCCUUCGUUCCUCCGUCGCCCGCCUUCCAGCCGGCGCUCACCAACUACGUCAAUCGACAUCGGGACCCUGCUUUUGCCGACUGUUUCCCCGAGGUUGGAAAGUGGCCGAUUCACGUCCAAGUGUCCCAUUACGCGAGCGUAGCAUGUAAACGACUCGAAAGAAUAGGAUUCGGUGGGAAAAGGCCUCCACGGAAACCUAGUACUGAAGAUAUUGACCAAGCUAGAAUCCAAAUAUUCCGCCAAUCGAUGUUCGGCAACACGCUGUCCGAAGUGAUGGCUCUCCAGCGCGAGCGGUUCCCAGCGCGCCAGCUACCCUGGGUGCAGACGGCGCUCUCGCAGCAGGUGCUGGCGCUCAACGGCCGCGAGACCGAGGGCAUCUUCAGGGUGUCCGCUGACGUGGACGAGGUCAACGCGCUCAAGGCCAAGAUCGACAACUGGGAGCUGCCCGACGCUUCUAUGUUGACAGAUGCCCACGCCCCGGCAAGCCUGCUCAAGCUGUGGUACCGCGAGUUAUAUGAGCCGCUGAUUCCCGACGCUCUGUACGGCGCUUGCGUCGCCGCUGGGUGCGACUUCGCCGCUUGUACGCGAGCGUUGCAACGGUUGCCGUCGCUUAAUAGGCUGGUACUUACAUAUUUAAUAAGUUUUCUACAACAAUUCAGUGCACCAGAAGUGGUAAGUCAAACCAAAAUGGAUUCGGCUAACCUAGCGAUGGUUUUCGCCCCGAAUUGUCUCCGAUGUACCUCGCAGGACCCAAGGGUCAUACUCGAAAACGCGCGCAAAGAAAUGACCUUCAUGAAAACCCUUAUUACGAACCUCGAUACAUCUCACGUCCACGAUCUGCUGUGACCGUUGAAUCUCAAUUAUUGUAACAACAAUUUCUAGCGAAUGUUUAUUAGACUACUUAACGAAUUUUCUUAAUCAUAUAGCAAUAUAAUGCAAUGCCUUUAGUGCAAAUAGUGUUUGAGACGAUAACCUCUAUUCCUGUAUAUCAUUGAUAUAAUUUUGUAUGUAAGUUGUAGGUAAACGUCGAAUACUUACCAACAUUUGUUGUCGAUAGUUCCGACUUACCUACUGCUAGAGAAAUCAAUUGAGCAUUUGCUUUGAGUGUACUUGGGGCUUUAGGACUAUUUAUAAUAAUGCUUUUUUAUUCAACAUUUUAGAACUUGAAUGAAUAUAUCUCCUUAUGUUAUUGCGAUAAGGCGUUUGAUGAUAGCACAUUUAUUUGGGACGGGUACAGUUUCUUUAAUCCGUAUUCCUAGUUUUUGCAGCAACGUAUCGCAACUAAACACUAAUACACUGGUAUGUCUUGGACGGUGGGGUGGUAACUACGAGAAUCUAAAAAACCAAGCUUCCUAUUAUCAGACCACUUCACUAUUUCAUUUAGGUACUUUUAUCUAGGUAUAUUUUAGUCAACCGGCAUUCGACGUUUGCCUGCAACACGUGUACACGUCGUAUAUGUAAUUAUAUAUGACUUGCGCGUGGACUAUUAACGUUUUCAAUAUGACGUAAAUAGUUCCACUAUCAGCUAGACCAUUAGCUGACUAUGUUUUCAAAAAUAAAAGCUAUUCGUAUUGAGGCCUUAUGUGACAUUUACAGUGGAAUUCAUAGAGGUUGUAGGGGCAUCCCCAAGGAAUCAUUCAGCCGCUGAGUGUCGAAUUUAACCUCUAUUUGUUUGGGAAUUUGACACUCAACAGGUGAAUGAUCCCCUGGCGAUGGAAUAUGAAUUCCACUGAUAAUAUCAUCAAAUAGAACAUUUGUAUCAUUCAAUGUAUUUAUCUCAAAUAAUCCCGCUAGCUUUAAUUUUUUAAAAAGCUAACUAACAUGCGUCAAUGGGAUAUCUUGACACGAGAGUCAACCAAUAGGUGGAAUCAACUUUCUCUCGUCUUAAACAUGCCGUAGUCGUGAAUGUUAGGCUUAUCAAGUUAGCGAAUGGCCUAGCUGGUGUGAUACGACUCAUGUAUUCCAAUAAAUUGAAAUAUAUUCGACGUUCUUGUAUAUUUUUUGUAUUUUUGUACGCUGUAUAUUGAUAAUUUUAUUUUGGUUGUAUCCAAAGAUAUUUAAUGAGAUGUGAUUUUUAAUUAUAUUUUAGAAUUGAGCUUUACAAAAGUGUAUGUGCAAUGUUUUCCGCGCCGUCUUGUUACGGAGAUACGAUUGCGUGUUUGUUACAUAUUAUUAUGAUUACUUAUUAGUUACUAUAAUUUACGUGUAAUAAGUUAGGUUAUUAUUUUUUUACCUUUUAAAAUAUAUGGUCCGAGAGCUGGUCGACAUUUUCGGGCGGGUAUUUGAGGCAAGCUGAAAACUUGUACUUUGUCUCUCCUGUACCCUCGCACAGAAAUAGUGCCACAAACUUUUAUGACCCGGUGGGCAAAACUGGAAGUCACUUCCAUUAACGUUGCCACUAUAUAAAACAUUAUAUUAUAGCUUGGCAAGUUCGUUGAUGACACUCCCAUGAUAUGCAGGCGACGGGGGGAAGGACUACGCGGGUGUGAAGUCGAGUGCGCGGGGCAGAGGGAAGGACUGUACGGGUAUGAUCCGUGCGCGCGGGUCAUCGCUAAACGCGGACCAUCGGGAGUGUUAUGAACGAAUUUGCCAAGUUGUAACAAACAGGGCCAUAAAUAUUUGUGGCACUAUGGUUGAUUCUUUGACUGUGCCAGAUGCUUACAAUUUGCAGAUCUUUAAAAAAUUAACAAGUUUAAAAUCCGGACUGGCUUAUUUAUUUUUUUUUUAUCUUUAAAAUUAUAAGAACAUAAAAAUAAAUAAGCCAGUAAAUUAAAUAUUAAUAUUUAACUGUAUAAACUUUCAGAUUGAGUCAAGGAUAUUUAAAAAAAAACUUGUGCGUCUCGGGACGCUUAUUGAAAGUUACUUAAUUUUUCGUGCAGUCGCGAGCGCAAGCCAGACAGAGCGCCGUAAUGCGUUACGUUACCAAGCGCUUUACCCUCCAUUAUAAAGUUAUCACAUCAAAAAACCCCAAUACACCAACCUAGAGUUCUGUGUAAGGGGGCAGUACAGGUACAAGACAAGUUUUCAACUUGCCUCAAAUACCUACCCAAAAGUGUCGACCAGCUCUUGGACUAAUACUAUAAUUACGUACGUAGGUGCGGUUAUAUAAGCGCUUUAUUUACGCGCACUUAAUCAAAUUACGAAGAGACGAAUUAAAAAUUAUGAGAAUUGAAGCUUUAUCGAGAAACACAUCACAUUAACGUAUUGUCUUGAUGAAUUAUUGCAAUGAAAGCUUUAUGAAUGUGUGAGAGGUUUCUAGUUUUUAUCUCGAUGUCCUUUUUGGGCCAAUGUCGUCAGAAUGUUAUAACAUUUUUGGAAAACCCACUGCAUGACGGUAGAGGUUUUUAAGCGAAAUUUGUUUAUAAAAAAGUAAUAAUAAUAAAUAAAUUUAUAUCACACGAAAUAUGGCAUUACAAAAAUAGACUGAUGAAAAAUCGUAGCAGCUAUGUUCAAUCGAUUUUAGGUAUAUUUUGUUUUUAAAUUUAAAUUUAUAAGGAAUGCUCUACACAUAUGCUAGUCAACACAUUCUAUUCGGCGAAUAUGUUUGUAAUGUUGGUAAAAUCAUUGUGGUUUGAAUGAGCUGUAACUUUCACCUUUUCAAACAUCUAUUAUAAAUUGUAAAGACUGCUAAAUUACCUUUGCACCACCACAAAGUGGCAUAAGGCAUAUGUGAAGGAAAGCCAAAAUAUGAAAGCAAAGCAAUAUAGUUCUUUUUUUUCUUAUUUUUUUUUAAAGAAUAUUUGCCAUAAAUCUUUUAUAAUAUGACCAAUAUUCGCAUUCCCCUCCCAACUAUUCGGGAAAUACUGUGUGGGUACUACAAUAGACUAACGGGGCGGGGAUUUCAUUUCAUUUCAUUUAUUUUGCUGAGAACACAUACAAUCUAAUGUAUUCAGCCAUUUCUGGCAUACAACAAUUUAUAUUACAAAUACUAUUGACAAAAUAUAAAAAAAUAAAUUCAAUAGCAGAUGAUUAAUCAAAAAAUAAAAAUUAUCGAUCGAACCACCACCCCUCGGUGAUGAGUCCAACCGCUCUUACCGUUGAGCUAUUGAGGCUUUAGUUUGUAAAUUAUCAUCUCCCAUCUCCCCCAUCAUCAACCCGUAUCGCUGAUUCGACGAUUAUUUACCUGCAUAUGUGUAUAGUACGCCUCACGGUAUAUAUAUUACGUGUAUUUUUAACGUAGAUGCAACAAUUGGCACAGUAUUUUGGCUUACGUUUUUCUGUAUUAUUUUUAAUCUAUUUUUUAUUGCUCGUUUAAUUAUUAAUUUUUAAUGGAAAAAAAACAAACCUUGCUAAGAAUACAUAACCACAGAAUAAUUAAAACAAAUACAACAACGCCUGUAGAGUAGAGGAGGUAUGUAGAGGCUAAAAUUAUACAAAAAGCACUGAAUAAUUUUAUUAUUAAUUUAAAGAUGCGUACUUUCCUCGCCCAUAUCGUAAAAUUAUCGAAAUUAGGAUUUGUAAUUUACUGCAAAAUUAUUAUUUGUAAUAAAUAAAUAUCAUAUUAAAUAAUAACAAAACGGUUAUGUUUCGUUGCUUUACGGCCGUUUUCAAAUAAUCUAUCUAUCCGCCAUUUCGCUUACUAAAGUUAAGAAAAUCUAUCUUUCUGUUCUUAUCUGCUUUUCAAUAACCCACUGACAGAUAGUUUGAAUAUGUAAAGAUAGCUUGACUGUUACUGAUAAUCGAGGAUAGCUAUCUAUCCGUAAUCUUGGGUAGGUUAUUAAAAACGGCCGUCAGACUGCGAUUAUUUUUAAUAACACAAUUCACACUCAGAUCGUUUGACAAAAACACGUACUAACAACUCUAUAUAUUGUCUCAUUUAAGUAGUUACGUGGAAAGACUUAAACGGCAGCUAAAAGCAAUUUAAUAGUUCAAAUGUGAGACCACAGUUAUAAUUACUAUUAUCUUGAAGUUUAUUAAAAUUUAAAAUACAGGAACAUAAAAAUAAAUCCAUUUACUCAUCUAUAAAAUACACUAUCGUCAUAACUUUCAUUGUUGGCAGCUCUAUAGUUUUAAGCAAUUAAAAAAUAUUAUAUGUUCAUAUAGAUAUGAAAUUAAGAAGUGUUUCAAAAUAAAUAUAGACAUAAAAUAGAACUAGUAUUUACUGUAAUACUUUACUAUAGAUACUCCAUAAAUAAUAAAGGAAGUAAUAUAUAAAGCAGACCAAAUUUUUAAAACACAAUAUUUGCUAUCAUAUUAAACUUAUAUACAUCAUUAUAUUAUCUCGUAAUUUGAUUUAACUUUGUCACAAUAAACUGAUUUAUAUUACAUGAUCGCUACAGUCACAAAAAUGCAUUUAUUUCUAUGAAUCAUAUUAUACAUUUUUUUUUAUCUCUAGAUAAUAAGCUAAAGUUUGAAUUGGCUAGGCUUUGUAAUGGUGCCUCAAAAAUAACCGUAAUACAAAAAUAAAAAUAUCGAUAAUAUUACACGCUUAGCUUUCUUUUACUUCUCAUAACAAAUGUCUCGAAGAGUUAUUUUUCGUUUACGGAAUUUACUCGUAACUGUAUAGCUGUAGAUCAUUAUUUAAAAUAAUUUGUAUCGACUUGCUAGACAAUACUGCAUAGAAAUUCAAAAGUUACGUACAGACAAAGUAGGAUUAAUAAUGGUUACGAAGAUAAUAUAUAAAACAUAACCCUGCUUGUAAUACUUAAGUACUCGUCUAACGAAUAUUUCUUAAUAAAAAAAUAUAUUGUUUGAAUAAUAACAAAAACUUUGAAUAAUAAACGAAAAAUUGAUUACAUGGAACGCCUGCAUUUUGGUAUGAUUGAUGAAUUAUUUAUAUGUCCUAACUUGUUCAAUGCUGUUCUCUUUAUGCUCGAGUCAAAAAUUUCGAGGGAAAAUGCUCUAUUGACUCCACUAAUAAGACCAAUGACUGAAUCUACCAUCAGAACAGUAAUCGUUAACUUUUCUUUUAGCGGCGAUCUCGUGAAGGAUUUAUGUACGAGUAUUUUAUUAACUCUCCUCUUUCCCUCUGUGUUUUCAUCGGUUCGUCGUUAUGUGGGAUGGUAUAUAUUUUGUAUUUAUAUGUACUUUCAUUAAUUUUAGUUUAUUAUUAACACAUUUUAGUCUUCUCUUUCAUGACAUUCCAUCAGUUUGUAAUAUCUGUUUUGACGGAAUAAAGAAAUGCUGAAAAUUAGUCGACGCUACGAGUACAAUGUUCCUAAAUAUAAGGGUUUAUCAUAAUAAUAGCAGUAUCUUAAUUUAAAUUCUCUAUCAUAUUUGUAUUACAAUAAGAAUUUUCUUACACUAUCCGAUUUAUUAUUUUUACUAUGAGGGUUAAUAACUGAUAUAACUAUGUAUUUUAAUACUCUUUUUUUUUGUUAGUAAAUAUUUUAAUUUCAGUAACCAAUAGUUAAAAUAUUCAAUGUUUCUAAAAAUCUUGUGAUGAAUAUAUUUAUUUAUGAUACAAAAUAUGCCCAUUUAGAUAUUAUAGAGAAAAUGAAUAUAGUAUACAUAAUAAUCAUUAGAACAGGACAUACAUCACAAAUAAUGUGACAAUAUACCAGAUACCUAAAUACCUAAUUCGUUGAUACCGUGUUUUAUUUUCUUGUGCCAUUAAGUUUGAUGCGUUAUUAAUUGCUCUAGAGCCGAAGUUUAUUUUUUUAAUUUUGCAUAGUGCAUUUAUAUUUUAUAAUAUCUACUAUCUUUUUAAUUUAUUUAAUGUCUCAUGGAGUGACGCAACAAGGCCCAUCUCUUCUGCUUCUGCCUUCAGACCCCAUCAGAUGUUUCUGCUUGCGAUGCAUCUGCGCUCGCCCAAACCCCUCAACGCCACUGAGGUCCCGUUAAGGAGCCUACGGCAUUUACACACUCAGAUUCAGAAAUAAAACUCUUAUUCGAAUAUAUAAUAAUUUAUUUAUUUUACUAUCAUUUGCGAAAAGCCGACGAACCCAUAGAGUCAACAUUUGAGGAUGCUCCGGUUUCGGGGUGAAACGUAAGUAGAGAGUAUUGUCGGACCUGGGUGACGUUGUCGCAUGGGUUCGUCGGCUUUUCGCGGAUGAUAGCAAAAUAAAUUAUUAUCUAUUCAUGAUGAACUUCCGCAAAGUAACGCCUGUAUGCUUCUAUCCAAUAUCUUAUUCGAAUAAUAAGUAUGUUUUACUAAGAACUGAUUUCUUCAUGCAUAGAGAGACGGUUAUGGUACUAUGGGUAAAUUACAUUGAAUCCUCGGUGCAGGUUUGCGUAGCCCAUGGCAGAGGGUAGCGAGAGAGGAGGAUAUCGAGGCAGCCGCAUUCUUUCUUCAUUAAUUGACUGGAGCGCGUUGCCAUCUUGCCCUCCCACACUCUCUGUUGUCACACCCCGAAUCCUCUACUUACAUCUCUAACAGAUGUAGAGGAUGCGAGGUGUGGAGGGACUCAAUGUGAUUUACCUCGGAUUCCCUCAAAAACCCUACAGAAUAUUCUCAACCUGACUGACAUUAUAGUAUUGACAUGGAAAUCGAACUAGAAACACUAAUAGAAUUUCAAGGCGAGGCAUUUUUAUUGUUACGUCACUACUCACUACUAUGUGUAAAGUCACCAUAACGUACUGACAUUGAUCUUUAUAAUCAAGGGGCUUUAAUAAGUUACGUCACUACCAUGAUAUGUAAAGUCACCGUCAUGACGUACUGGGGUGCUAUUCUGUAACGAUGAUUUUAUAAAGGUGCUGAUAGACUAGCAUUUACUUGUAAUGAGCGUUCGUGAGAAUGUUACAUCACAGAAAAAUACGAGAACAUUUUAGCGAGCAUUCUAGCGAGCAGAUUUGCUUCGAAUGGACACAUCUGGAAUAGAGCGUUCGCUAGAAUUAUCAAGAUGUUCGUAGCAAUAUUUGGCUUGACUCGUUGUUCAGGUUAAGAAAUAUAAAAACAAUGUUCAAUGUUCUGUUACAAGCUCAAGUCCAUCAGCACCUUAACUCGACAGCAUGAGCUUCGAACUCGUCUCUAUCUCUCUCUGUGUAAUACAAUACUAUAGACAGAGAGCGAUAGACAUGAUAUCGAAGCUCACACUGUCGUGUUAUAGAAACAUAGUUACAGAAUAACGUUACUGAUAUUUAUCUUAAUAAUUUGACCAGUGUAAAGUUACCGAAACAACAAUAGUUGUAGUCGUAGUCGACUUUUAAACGUAGAUACCUUUAGAUAUGAAGUGUAACGGUCAGGUCAAAGCGUUUUACCUUCGCUGUUACGGCUUGCUGUUUGUAGAACUGUGGAAGCGUCGAAUUAAGAUUUUCUCGCAAUGCGAAUUUUACUUAUGAAUUUCCAAUAAUUGCUAAGAUAAUAUUAUAUAAUUUCAUCUUAUAUAAGCAAAUGAGACCUGUUAUUAUGAAAUAUACUAGGAGAUAAUAAUUAGAAAAUGCUCUCUUACUCGUAUGUACUAGAUUUUGUGAUUGCUGCUAUUACGAUUAGCACAAUUUAUUUUGUGUAAGGUUUUUAUUUACUUAGUUAUCAAAAUGCACGUUGUAUUGCGAUUACUAUAUUUUUGGUAGCCAGAUAUAUCAUAGUAUUAUAUCAUAGUACAUAUAUAUGAAUUAUAUAUACUAAAACGCUUGUAAUAUCAUAUUAUAUAAAGUUGUAUAGUGCUUAUAAAUAAAUGAAAAAAAAAGAUGAUUUCAAUAUCUAUGAACCCUGUGUAUAUAAUAUGCCUCCAUUUAUUUGUUAACCCGGACAAUAUACAUAACGCCUAUGAUGUUCAUUAUUGAAGGUUAUCACCAGAUGGACUGUAUAUGUGGACUUUCAAGAGAAAUAAAAUCUAUUAUCCAUUGGAUAAUUGCGAAUACCACAA